AUGACCGUAAUACUAUGGGACCCGUUGAAAGGAGAGAUGCUACAAGCUAUAGAUGCACAUCCCAGGUAUAUAACUUCGUGUGCAUUCUCUGUUGAUGGACAAUAUUUAGCCAGUGGUUCUAACGAUAGGACAUGUCGUGUUUGGAAAUUGCAUCUUGGUCCUUCAGCUCCCCCAGCGGAGGCAGCUGACAUUAAAGUCGACCUAUUAGGCUGUGGAGGAAAUAAAAUAUCACCUAUCAAACCAUUAUCUGAUUGGUCAGUUCAGGAUGUAUGUGAUUGGUUAAAAAGUUUAGGACUGGAACAGUAUGUUGUAACAUUUAAAAGCAAUGAGAUUGAUGGACAGGAGUUGAAUAAUAUCACAAGUGAGGUGUUGAGAAGUGAUUUAGCAAUAAGUGCAUUGGGUCAUCGUAAUAAAAUAAUUCGUGGAAUUGAAUCGAUUAAGGAACAGUGCAUACUGGAACAGCUACAAGGACAGACAACUUCAGAUUCUGAUAUCCCGGAUGAGUUGCUGUGUCCAAUCACCAGAGAAUUGAUGAGAGAUCCGGUUAUUGCAUCAGAUGGAUAUUCCUAUGAAAGAUCUUCCAUAGAGUCUUGGAUUACCAGCGGUAAAAACACAAGUCCAAUGACCAAUUCACCAUUGCCAAAUACAGUGUUGAUGCCAAAUAGAAUGCUGAAGAUGCUUAUACAAAGACAGGAGUCAAAAUAAUCAAAAUGCAUUUAUUUUAAUGAGGCUAGGGGUGGCUUUUAAAACUAAUAUGCAAAUGCAUACCUGGG